UUUAUGAAAGCCGACAUCGCUCUGGGGGCAAUAGUCGCACAUUCACAAGGUGUUUCAAAACGCCUCAGAGGCAUUUUAUAUAAAUAAACAAAGCCGAGGAGUCAAGGCUGCUCUCCGAGGACUCAGACUUACCUCGCCGGGGUUUUUUUUUUUGUGUGUUUGAGCUGCUGCUCCCUGGCUGAUCGCCUCCCGCCUCUGCGAGCUACAACAACACAAGCCACGGGGACGUAACGCUAACCGAGAGGGAAGUGGGCUCCGUCUUCUCUAUCAUCGGUCAGAUGCUCCCAGCCGCCCAACUUGACAGGAGUGAUGGGAUGUGUCAACUAGGUGGGAAACUCCUUGAUGAUGAUGAUGAUAUUGGACUAAGGGAUCAAUCUGCAGUGUUCACACCAGAGCGAGACACAGGAGGGAUUGAGGUAGAAGACUACAUCAUCAAAGAAGACAAGAUGGGCGUGGGGAAGAACACCACCUCUAAAUCAAUAGACAGCAGCAGUGAGGGCGGAAAAUAUGAAGAGGAGACCAAACAUGAAGCAGAUUUUUAUCCUAUACCGGUGGUAGUAAAUGGAGUUGGUGGUGCCACCGGAGAUCAGGAUACUGAGAACACCGAGCUGAUGGCAAUCUACACCAAGGAUAAUCAAGCAGCUGAAAAGAGCUCAAUUUCCGAGACACUUGACAGCACUGACAGCAUGGAUGCAAGGAGGAUGGAUAUGAUCUAUACCAUUGAAGACACCCCACCCUGGUACCUGUGUGUGUUCUUAGGCUUACAGCACUACCUGACAUGUUUCAGCGGGACCAUCGCCGUCCCGUUCCUUCUGGCUGAGGCCAUGUGUGUAGGCUUUGAUCAGUGGGCCACCAGUCAGCUCAUCGGGACCAUUUUCUUCUGCGUGGGAAUCACCACCCUACUGCAAACUACGCUUGGCUGCAGAUUGCCCUUAUUCCAGGCGAGUGCAUUUGCUUUCCUUGCACCAGCCAGAGCCAUCCUGUCUUUGGAUAAAUGGAAGUGUAACAGCACAGAACACCCGCUCCUUAACAGCACAGAGCUCCUCCACACUGAGCACAUCUGGCACCCCAGGAUACGGGAGAUCCAAGGAGCGAUCAUUGUAUCAUCCCUGAUCGAGGUGUGCAUCGGAGCUCUGGGCUUACCUGGGAUGCUGCUAAAAUACAUCGGGCCUCUGACCAUCACUCCCACCGUGGCGCUCAUCGGGCUCUCCGGUUUUCAGGCUGCAGGCGAGAGGGCAGGAAAACACUGGGGCAUCGCUAUGCUAACCAUAUUUUUGGUGCUGCUCUUCUCUCAGUAUGCCAGAAAUGUUCACUUCCCCCUGCCGAUCUACAAAGCCAAGAAAGGUUGGAGUUUCUACAGGCUGCAGGUUUUCAAAAUGUUUCCGAUCAUUAUGGCCAUUUUGGUGUCAUGGCUGCUAUGCUUCAUUUUUACCGUGACGGAUGUUUUCCCGCCUGAAGAGAACAAAUAUGGUUUCUAUGCCCGCACUGACGCACGUCAGGGGAUCUUAAAGGCUGCUCCGUGGUUCAAAAUUCCCUAUCCCUUCCAGUGGGGAACUCCCACCAUCACAGCAGCCGGUGUGAUCGGUAUGAUGAGCGCAGUGGUGGCCAGCAUCAUCGAGUCCAUCGGAGACUACUACGCCUGUGCUCGCCUCUCCUGCGCUCCUCCGCCUCCGAUCCACGCCAUCAAUCGGGGGAUAUUUGUUGAGGGUAUUUCCUGUGUGCUGGAUGGUGUUUUCGGGACGGGAAACGGUUCAACCUCCUCCAGUCCAAACAUUGGUGUCCUUGGAAUAACAAAGGUGGGCAGCAGACGUGUAAUCCAAUAUGGCGCUGCCAUGAUGCUGCUGCUGGGGCUGGUGGGUAAAUUCAGCGCCCUGUUUGCCUCUCUGCCUGACCCAGUCCUGGGGGCUCUGUUUUGCACCCUAUUUGGGAUGAUCACAGCAGUCGGGCUCUCCAACCUGCAGUUCAUCGACCUCAACUCGUCCAGAAACCUCUUCGUCCUUGGCUUCUCCAUCUUCUUUGGUCUGAUGCUCCCCAGCUACCUUAAACAGAACCCGUUGGUCACCGGCAUUGUUGAAGUUGACCAAGUCCUCAAUGUGCUGCUCACUACUGCGAUGUUUGUUGGAGGAUGUGUUGCCUUUAUUUUGGACAAUACUAUUCCUGGAACCUUGGAGGAACGGGGCAUCAGGAAGCUUAAAAGAGGAACUGGUCUCAGCGCCGCAGAACUGGAAGGAAUGAGAUCCUAUGAUCUGCCAUUUGGAAUGGACUUCUUUCAAAGAUAUGCCAUCUUCAAGUACAUCCCCAUCAGCCCUGUGUUCAUCGGCUACCACUGGGGGCGUCUUCAGGAUGGCGGCAGGAGCAGAAAGGGACUCGGGGAUGUGGGCAAGGGAGGAGGGGAGGGAAGUGCUGCUCCAGGCGAGAGUCGGGUAUAGCCCGAGGCGCAGGAGAGAUGUUAAAUGUGGCAGAAUUUUUUAGGGAGCGAGGGAUGGUACACUAAGAUGAAAUGAUGGGAGAAUGGAGCACAGACAGAAUCUGAGCAGGAUUGUGUGGAAGAAAAUGUGUUGCACCAACUUCCCCGUCAGUAUGCGUUUUCUUCGACCUGUCUGUGUGUUUUUCCCCACCCCCCUCUACACUGUUUUCAAGCAUGCUAUAGCAAAUCACAGCAUGUGUUAGAAAGAAGUCUCCAUGCAGAGGUCAUUCAGUGGGUGUGUGUGUGUGCAGGAUGACAAUAGCUUGUGCUUUAAUUUCCUUCCAGGAGACCAAAGGUCAUUGGAAAAGCAGAGCGGGAUGUUAAUUUUCUGACUCCUAAUUGCUGCUAAUUCAUAGUCCCUGAAUCAGCUCAUAAAAUUCCUUCUACUGAAAGCACAGCAGAGUAGAUCAAGUCAAUUGCACAUAGUGUUGCCUCCAAACUUUGUUAUGCAACCCCAUUAGCGACAGACACACACACACACUUGCAGAGAGCCUCAGUAGCUGUAGUUUAAGUGCUGCCAUGCAUGAUGCGGGGGUCAUGCAGACUGAUGUAGGUAGGGUGCCC